UAUCAGGGCCCUGAGCUUGGGGGACUCCAACCUGUCUGCAAUUGAGUGAAAUGGGUGGGGCCUCAGCCCACAUGCUGUGCAUGGCCAGACUGUGACACAGGCCAGGAAGAGGGGGAACAGGAUCAGCCAUUCCUGCUCCUUUGUGCCUUGAUGCUGCCACAGAGCCAUAGCCUUGGCACUGUGCUGGCCCCUCCUGUGAACUGGCUGAGCCGGGCCCGGUGGACUCUGGCCAGGCCAGGCUGUAUCACUGCCACAUUGGAGGGUGAUGUGGAUGGGCCCAGAGGGAACCAAAGGACACUUUGUGAUAAGGUCCCCCGGUGGGGUGAGGGUGGAGUGAGGAAGGAGAGGGAAGGAGAGCGGUGGUGAGCUGGCUGGGGUGGGAGGGGGAUAUAAGGGCAUGACAAGCCAGUGGGAAAAGCUAGGAGUCUGCCCCCACUGUGUGACGAUUCUUCUCCCCCCCUCCGCCCCCAUGCAACCCUGAGACCAGCUGAUGGAAUGUAGUGGUUACUGCGGGGGGGGUGUUGGGAGCCAGGACUCUUGGGUUCUCAGCCUGGCUUUGGGCUGAGAAUGGGGACCAGUGGGUUUAAGCAUGAUGGUACUUUAAGAUCUGUCAUUCCCAUUCUCUCUGGAUGGACAUUUGACCUCAGCAGAGCUGGGCCAGUUUACACCAGCAGAGAAUCUGGCCCAGGAUGAAUUGGCUGGGGGCAGCUGCUCUACUCCCACAGCCAGGCUAGGCUCAGUCUGGGAGCAGGACGGAGCUCCAAGGAUGUCGCCCUGGAUUACAAACCUAGCAAAGAUAUGCCCCACACUUUAGCACUCUGACUGACUGCCCCUGCAGCCCUGUGCCAGGAGGGAUGGUGUCACUGGGGCUGGCCAGGCCUUGAGAGGAGAUAAGAGGGAAUUCUCUGUGGUUAUUGCCUGUCCCUGGGUUAUAAAUACCAGGAGCAAUGCGGCAGGAGGGCCUACUGGAGAAGACAGAGACCUGUCAGCCGGCAGAGCAAGGUAACGCCAGCCACAGCUUGGAGAGGGGCUAAGCAGCUUGUCUGCUUGGUGCAGGUCUCAUGGAGUCGCUGCUGGAUUCAGGCAGGAUAUAAAUGCUGUUGGUUUGUGCAGAGAACGGCUCCUGGUAGUGGGCUGGGUCCCUCCAACCUCAAGCUGGGGCUCAGGCUGGCUGGGCAGAGCCUCCCUGUUCUUCAGCACUGGCAAGACAAGGGGCUGCGGAUCCCAAACUGCUCAGCCCCUGGCAUGCUGUGGGCCCUUCUGAAAAGCCAGACGCUUAUUUUGGUGCCUAAUCAGGGGCUGUGUUUCUGGGCAUCCUGGCGUCUGAGUGCCCAGUUCACCACGCACUGUUUGCAUCAGGGCAGAAUGCUGCCAUCCCAGGUCACAUCAUUUUGCCCUUUGCACAGGUGUAAAUGGUUUUGAUUUUAACAUAUCCCCCAUAUGUCAAAACACAGUAGUGCCCAAGGCAAACCCCAGCAAAGAGAGAGCUGCUUUCAUCCCCAGGCAGGGGGGUUGGUUCCCUCUGGGUCCUUGUAACCCCAGAUUGACGAGGAGCUGCUGGGUGGGAGAAGGCCCCUGGAAAGAUUUUAAAGCAACACUUUUGAAAGACCCACCCCGCCAGUGUCUAAACCCAGCUACGAUCAAUUAACCCCCCAAGGAUUCUAAUCAAGGCUGCACAGCUUUCGGUUCAAUUAUGAACUGCCCACCAGCCCCCUGGGACUGACUGUUCCCCCUCCUGCCAGAGCUUGGGGUCUGCAGCCAGGGGUUCCUCGCAAUUGUCUCCAGCACUGGACUAGGAUGGCAGAAAAAGCUCGUGACCUGGUGACACGGGGGACAGUGUGAGGAUUAAUGCAUGACAGGAGGUGCUGGUGGCAGGGCCGUAAGAACCCCCAUCCCAGUCUGCUCCCGCUCUGCUCUAAGCCUCUUUCCUUCAUCGCAUCAGGGUGUCAGGGAAGCUCCCAGCAUGAAGCUUUUCACCCUCCUCCUGACACUGGCUAUCCUGGCAGGCAGCCAGGCCUCUCUCCUCAGCGAUGAGCCCACACCGAGGUUGGAGCAGGUCCACAAAGCCUUCUGGGAGUAUGUGGCCAAAGCCACCAGUUCCACCGAGAAAACCAUGGAGCUGAUCCGUAAAUCUGAGCUGGGCCAGGAGAUCAACAGCCGCGUCAGUCACAGCCUGGCGGCUGCCAACACCUAUGGCACAGAGCUGCAGAAGCAGCUGCCCCUUGUGGCCCAGGAGCUGGUGGCCAAGCCGAGCAAGGGCACAGAGCAGCUGGUGCAGAAGAUUGCAGGGGAGCUGCAGCAGAAGGGGCAGCGGAGCGUGGAGGACUUGCAGGCUGGGCCGGCGCCCUACGCCGAGGGGCUGCUGGAGCAGGCAGAGCAGCGUGCUGAGACCCUGCACCACAGCGUGGCGGCUGGCACCCAGGAGCUGAGCGAGAAGCUGCAGCAGAGCGUGGAGAAGCUGCGAAGCCAGCUGGGUCCCUUCGCCCAGGAGCUGAGCGAGCGGCUGCAGCAGCCCGUGCAGGAGUUCCAGCAGGGGCUGGAGCCCUACAUGCAGAAGCUGCAGGGGAGCCUGAGCCAUGGCGUGCAGCACCCCUACGCCGAGGACCUGCAGGGGCGGCUGGGCUCCCUCUGGGCCUCCUUCCUGCAGCACUUCCAGUGAGGGGCCUGCGCUGGUGGGGAGGCCAGGGUCAGACACCGACCCCAUCCAUCCAUGGAGCCCAUGGGACUGGGGGAUGGGAGCACAAGCUCCGUCCAUGCACGGAGCCUUCAGGGAUCACAGGUGCUCGAGCGGGAACAGCCUCUUCUCUAAGGGCCUCUGACAUGCCCAGGUUCCCCACCCCAUCACCCCUAGUCACUCCCUGUGUCUGCAACAACCUCCCAGGGGCUCAAUAAACCACCUGCUGAUUAAUCACCUUGUGCACUGCUGCUGCCUCCCUGGGGGAGGAGAGCAGCUGUUAUAACCCCGCUCGCUGCCCCA